GAGACGAGAGAAGACUGCGGAGAGAGGCUAGGGAGAGAACAGUGGCAAGAAGAGCGAGGAUUAUGAGAUCCUCCAAGCAGAAGAACUUCAGGAUGAGCUAUAUCGGCAAUUGGAUGAGGCAGUUGAGAGAAGAAGAAGAGCAAUAAUGAGAAAAGCUAGACUAGGUAGUAGAUUGCAAGAACUAGCCAAGUUGGAAGCACGUGAUGAGUCCAAAUUAGAUCCAGCUAUGCAAGCACUGCGGAACUCCCUCCUCUAUGUGGCGGAGACGCAGGUUGUUUGGCGGGAGGUGUUGGCUGAACUAGUGGCAAGCCAGGAACGAAUUAUGGUUGCAAUACAUGCUCCUCGUCCAGUGAUGAGGCAGCCUCAGUUUGCUGUAGCUCCCCCAUCGGUUGCGGGUCCAUCCAUGACGUCGUCGCCGAUUGGGCCUUCAUUCUCACCUAUGUUUGGCAUGCCCCCUCCAGGUGGUUAUGUGGCGACUAGUGGUCCGGUCCUUAAGAGUCUCUGUCGUACCAUCGACAAUACUGGUUACUAUAGUCCCACUAUCAAGCCAGGCCCAGGUACGGGUACGAAGGGUAAUCCAAAGAAGAGACUAGGAAGGAGGGAAAGGAGAGCGAGGUUGGGCGGAGACAAGGAACAAGUAGAGGUGAAGCGUACACGUAUUAUCAUUUUCCAAACGGAUAGUGGCACGCUAGGUAGCACUAGCCUCCGGAUGAUUCUUGAUGCAACUUAUAGGGAAGGGAAGAAGCAAAUUCAGGUUGUCAGCGAGGGUGGAAAAGUCUGGGGUGAAGACAGGGCGUUAAUUAAGAGGUUGUUCGGGACAUCGACCGUAGUAGCGCAGGUAAGGAAGAUAACACUGUCCCACUCGAAAACCUGGCUGGAGGAAGGAGGGAGAUUUUGGAUCUCCCCCAUCGUUAUCACGCAGAAUGCCAGGGACAGAGGGAAAGGGUACUUGCAGCAGCUCCUGGAGAUGCCCUUCAAGCGGAAAGAACUUUCCCUCUUGUCUGUGGACAAACUCAUGCACCUCUAUAACUGCGCUGGGACAUUUAAGGAGAAAGAAAAGAGGAGGUUGAUCAAGGAUUUCCUAGGAAAAGCAGUUGGCAGGAAAGCUGGGGUGAACAUCCGGAAGCGUAUUACAGUCCAGGUCAGAUACAGUAGAGAAGUCAAGAAGAGUGGCAUCAGGAGCAUCCUAAUCACCCAGAUCGAGAGUUGCGGUUUGCACCCCGCGAUCGCGAGGAUAUUCAAAAGGAAGGCGAGAGUAGUCUCGAUAAGGAACAAGAAUGUAGCGGAGAUUCUCUGCGACUACAAGCAGCUUAGCAAGAAGCCGGAGCUGUAUUGUACAUGUAAGCACUAUGACCUACCCAUCGUCUGGGGACACGUCCUCGCAAGAAUAGCAGAUGUCACGGAGCUGCCAACACUGUUGCUGAAUGGGAAGAAUGUGGUCCGCCCGAGGCUUGAGACGACAGAAGAUGAGGUCAGCAGUAACAUACGACUGGCACUCACAGAUUUACUAGGUGAAAAAAUGGGGGAGCAAUUAAAGAAUCUCCAUAUUGCUGGUUGUUUCUCAUCAGAGCGAGGAAAUCACUGUGACACAGACGAAGGGCUAGUCUACUCGGUCAAAAAGAGAUUCAGAGACUUGCUAAUCACACAAGUUGACAGGAACGCGGGAGACCUUGUGCUGAUGUGUCCGUCGACAUACCAUCAUGGGCUGGAUAAGCUGUUCUCCUGGAACGUAGCCUAUGACGAAGUCAGUAGCAGCGAAACGGAGAUACUUAAGGUGAUGAAGAAGGACUUCGUAGAUAGUAGCCUGCACAAGCUAGCCAACUGGAACUCGAAGGGGAGGAUUGGCCAAGCGUACGUCCUGCCCAAGCACAAAGAUCUCGAAAGAUGGCGGCCCAUCGCUCCAGCAUGCAGCGAACCUACUAUGACCGGCAGCAAAUGGAGAGCACUCAAUUUUCUGCUGGAGAAGCUCCCUGGAGCGGAGCAUUUCAAUCUGACUGCGACGGCUUUACUAAAGCAGAAUCUGAAGAAAGCAGAAAGGAAGCUUCAGCAGUAUGGCAAGGACACGAUGACCAUCUGCGGGGGGUUUGACAUUAAGGAGAUGUUCACAUCCCUCCCGCACUCAGCCAUCCUGGAGGCACUCUCAUGGCUUCUGGGACAAUGGGAGAAGAAAGGAUACCAGAAGAUCACAGUUUGCAAGAGAAGAAAGCAAGUAACACUUGGGUUGAAAACUUUCGAGAAAGGCUACGUCAAGUUUUCAUUCAGCUAAAUCCGGAGUUUU